GCUUCAGUUCGUCGUCGGUGAAGAUCUGUUUCGGUUGUUCGCUUAUCGAUGAAACGCAUCGCGGGUGCGACCGUCCGGUUCGUUCGCUGUGCGUUCACGCACCGGAGCUCGCCAGCUUCCGCCGCCUCGAAUCGCGCUCUCGAUGGUGCGUUUAUCGCCGCGAGAAAUCCAGUUCCUCCAUUCUUCGUGCACCACCAUCCCCCGUCCUCAGUCGCCAGAGAAUUACAGUGCGAGGUCUUGCGUGUCGUGUGGAACGGAAUGUUAGCGACAGAAGAUAAAGAGCUUAAAGAACAGUUCGGUGAAAGCAAACUAGACUCGCAGUAGAUUCAAACGUAUAGAAAACCGUGGAAAGAAGAUAAUACGUGAACCGGUAAACGAGUGACAUUAAUAUUUAAGAAAAUGUUGCUCUGAAAAUCAUCCAAGCGACACGCGGAAAGAAAGGAAUGAUCGAAAGCCUCGAAGAUGGUUGGCAGUUGGCGAGCUCCGCGAGCUCACCGCGUAGCCGCGCGUCAGUGAUGAUUUUCAAUGGAACAGUCUAAGAUGCGCUGUUAGUGUGAUAUGGGUUUCGGAGCCCUGAUCUUGGACUCUGUGGUUCUGCUGGUCGUUAGCAACGUAAUACUGCGUUCGCUGGGCAUCUGUUACGUGUGUCUACCGUACUCGCUGGUGCUGACAGUGUUCGUGGCGAGCGCGCUCUACUUAUCGCUGCCGAAACUCAGCAGCCAGGACGAGGAUGGGCCGAACCCCCACACCCAAUACACAGGCGUCACGCACUUCGAGCCCAUACCGCACGAUCAUGACUUUUGCGAGAGGAUCGUCAUCAACGUGAGCGGUUUACGGUUUGAGACGCAGCUGCGUACGCUGAACCAAUUUCCGGACACGCUCCUUGGCGAUCCGUCACGGCGGCUACGAUACUUCGAUCCGCUACGCAACGAGUACUUUUUCGACCGGAACCGGCCCUCCUUCGACGCGAUACUUUACUACUACCAGAGCGGCGGCAGGCUGCGUCGCCCGGUCAACGUUCCUCUCGAUGUCUUCUCCGAGGAGAUCAAGUUCUACGAGCUGGGCGAGCUGGCCACCAACAAGUUCAGGGAGGACGAAGGGUUCAUCAAGGAGGAGGAGAAGCCGCUGCCGACGCACGAGCUCCAGAGGAAGGUCUGGCUGCUGUUCGAGUACCCGGAGAGUUCGCAGGGCGCCCGGGUGGUCGCCAUAAUAUCCGUGUGCGUGAUCCUCCUGUCGAUCGUGAUAUUCUGCCUGGAGACCCUGCCCGAGUUCAAGCACUACAAGGUCUUCAACACGACGACGAACGGCACGAAGAUCGAGGAGGACGAAGUGCCGGACAUCACGGACCCGUUCUUCCUAAUAGAGACUAUUUGUAUCAUCUGGUUCACGUUUGAGUUAUCGGUGCGCUUCCUCGCCUGUCCAAACAAACUGAACUUCUUCCGUGACGUAAUGAACUUCAUCGACAUCAUCGCGAUCAUUCCCUACUUCAUCACCCUCGGCACCGUGAUGGCCGAGGAGGAGGAGACGAUCGAUCUGCCGAAGGCGCCGGUAAGCCCGCAGGACAAGAGCACGAACCAGGCCAUGUCCCUGGCGAUACUCAGGGUCAUCAGGCUUGUCAGGGUGUUCCGGAUAUUCAAGCUGUCCAGGCACAGUAAAGGCCUUCAGAUCCUCGGCCGCACGCUCAAGGCCUCCAUGAGGGAGCUCGGCUUACUCAUCUUUUUCCUCUUCAUCGGUGUGGUGCUGUUCUCGUCGGCGGUAUACUUCGCGGAGGCGGGCACGCAGGACAGCUUCUUCAAAUCGAUACCGGACGCGUUCUGGUGGGCGGUGGUCACGAUGACGACCGUGGGCUACGGGGACAUGAGGCCCGUGGGAGUCUGGGGGAAGAUCGUGGGCUCUUUGUGCGCGAUCGCCGGUGUGCUCACGAUCGCCCUGCCUGUACCCGUCAUCGUCUCCAACUUCAACUACUUCUAUCACCGUGAGACUGACCAGGAAGAGAUGCAGUCGCACAACUUCAAUCACGUGACCAGCUGCCCGUAUCUCCCUGGCACUUUAGGUCAACACAUGAAGAAGAGCUCGACGUCGGAGUCGGAGUCGGACAUAAAGGAUUUGGGAGAGAGCAUACUGCUCACUCAUCCCGAGAUUACAAAGAAGCCCAACUGCAACCCUCGCCAUAAUAACAAUAUUAAUCCAGCCUGUAUGAGCAUCGAGACUGACGUCUGACUACUAGUGAAGGAGACGGUGGCAGCGUGGUGGCCAGUGCUGGGACGGUUGUCGAAGAACAGCCACAGCUCCCUGCGGUGCCUGACGUAGGCCUCCUUCACACGUCGUCGUAGUCGCGCUAGCUAGCUGCGAGCGCUAGCGACAGCGCGUGUACGCGUGCGCGCUGGCUGGAGGAUCGAACGCGGCUGCGCGAGCGCGAGCGCGGCCACGCGCAUUCUGUCCAUAGUCUGUCAAUACGAGGGGUGCUUCCAAUCCAUUAUUACACGUCAACGAGAUAGAGAGUCAGAGAAGAAGAAACACGACAAACGACGGAAGAGAGAAAACGACAAGAGCGAAGAGAGAAACGGAGCAAGAAGGAGCGACAAGUAACACAAGAGUAACGAAGCGAACAAAACCGAACGACCAAGGAUCGGCUGACUAACGACGGGUGCCACGUGAUUUCUUCCAUCGCGACGCGAGCGUGCGAGAAGGAAACCACCAGGGUCGAUCGUCGCCGGACGUGUCGAGGAACGGACACGCGGAGCAAGGAACGAAGGGGAACGAACACAACGACGCGUUACAGAGGCAACCGCGAAGGCGGAGGAUUCACGGUGGAAGACGAGAAGCGGGCGAUCGAAGGCAGCUUCGACGGGAACGCGAAAAGUUGGAACAGUGUGUAAGGAAGAGAAGGGAAACGGAGGCAGCCGCUCUCCGAAGGUGUUCACGGUUCACACACGCACCCCGCGUAGGGACCUACGUGCUAAUAAGAAAAAAAUAUAUAAACAGGGGGGGGACGGAGGGCGCGGGAUAGGUAAAUCCUCUCGCGCGCGCGUUCACAGACCCCCACACCACCGACUCCAGUGUUCACUACAAAUGCUAACAAAUAAAUAAAGAAAAAAUAUAAACGGUAACAAGUAAACGAUUAUUAAAAACGAUACGAGCAAGGGGAACGGGGGAGGAAGGAGGUGGAAGCGUUUGAGUCGCGGCGCGAGCAGCACACGAGACGAUCGAACGAACCGAUCGAGGGGAAGCGGGCAAGGAAGCGAGGGUAAACGAUAAAUAAUUAACUAAAUAAUUAAUUAAACAAAUAAUUAAAUAAAUAAAUAAAGAAAUAAAGGAAUAACGAACGUCACGUCGUCCCCCGCCGCCGCUCCCUCGUCCAACCACUCACCCACCAACUGCCGGUAAGAAUCUCUCCCAGUGAUUCGCGCGAGACUGCGAACGAGGCACGCGUGAUCGACGAUCGAUGUCCGGGAAACGGAUCGGAGGACGGAUCGGAGGACGGAUCGGAAAAGAGGAAGACCGAAGGGAAGCGAAAAGAGGGUAGCCGGACGGUAUCGGUUAAUCGUCGUCGACGCGAUUCGCUCGAGUGCAGGCGCACGCCGACAGGAAACGCCAGAAGAGGACGUUCGCUCGAAAGGAUCGCGCGUCGAGGGCACUCGGCGCGCGAGCGGAGUGGACGAAGCAUCGGAAAGUCGGAGCGAGGCGAUCGGAUUAACGGGGGACGGGGACAGGGGAAGGAACGCGCACGGGAACGGUGUGAUGACGGUGCUCGCGACGAGAAGACGGACUU